AUGCUCUUCACGCUGCCCCGUGACGACGACAAUUGGGAUGUAGGCGUGCAAAAGGCGAUCUUGUCUUUCAUUUGCACGCUAGUUUACCGACCAAUUAGUGAUCGUGAGCACCCGGAUCAGCCGGUACUGGCUAGCAGUGUGUUGUCCACAGGUGCAACCUUGCCCUUACAGGAAAACCUUCCGUCGCCCGUUCCAGAAUCUCCAUUCGGACCAGCCAAGUCAUUUACUCGCCCAACGACGGGAUCCCGUGCACCUGGAAGUGCGCGUAAACGUCGGCUUGACAGCAUACUGGCCCCCAAUUACGAAACACCAGCAAAGCAAGUCGCCGCCGGCUCUCAGGCGCCCCCAACCCCACUGUCUGCCGUGCCUGCCUCAGAAAGUUCUGCAAUCGCAUCUCCUACCCCUCGCCAAACUGGCGUUCGUGGUCCUACUGCGGUGGAACCCCUUCGUCACCCCCUGCUUCAUCAUCAGAUGCGCCUAUGGAGUGUGGCCCGCCGACAACAUGGUCUAAUGCUGCUGUUACAGCAGUUGGACGUCAAACAACCCAUAUCCGAAGCUGACAGUGUUCGCACCCUGGCUUGUCGCGGUUUGGAACCAAUUCUGCCGGAUCGGUUGGUGGAACAUGCGGAAUUCUGCCGUUACGCGACUCUUCUGAUCCGUUUGGUCCUAGGAUCUCUCUCGGACGGGAUAACGGCCACGGACAUGUCAUUGGAUCGCGUUCGUCGUGCCGUCAUCGUCGCUAAGACGCGUAUCCAAUGGGAUCAGGAGGAGCUUUUAGAAUUGAUAUGGCGUCAUCUACAAGCGAAGGGUAAACAGUUGUCUUCCUUUCUGUAG